AUGAAUAAUUUAGUUGGAGGCAGUCAGAAGUAUAAAGGUUCAUAAAUGAAUUCAGAUCUUCCAAUCAUAUAAAAUAGAAAAUAAAUUAGAGCUGUUUCUCUACAAUAAAUCUUUUUUAAAGCUAAAUCAAAUAGUCAAUAAGUUGAGAUUAAUAAUAAUAAUAAUAAAUAUCUUCAUACAAUUUCAUCAAAGAAGUAUUCAUUCAAUUUUAUUAGUUUGAACUAUGAUAAUCAUCCAUAAACUGAAAGAUAGGAUACUAAAUUAAGAUCUUAAUCAAUGAUAAAUCGAUUAUAAAGAUAAAAAGAGAGUGAAACAAUGCUUACUUAAAUAGAUUCAAAUAAAAAAGGAAUUAAAAAAUAAAUCACUCAUGUUAUCAAUAACUCAGAUAUUAAAAUUCCAUUAUAAAGAGUGAAUCUAAAAAAAAUAGAAUAUAAUUAAUAGUUCAAUAAUGAAGUGAUCAAUUCUAUAUUGCAGAUGAAACUAAAUAAGCAAUCUGAAAGUGAUUAAUAAAAUAAUAAUUUAAUACAUUCAACAAAUAAUUUAUUAAAUCAAAUAAAUGAAAGACCCAAUAUGAAUAAAAUACGCUAAGUUAAAUAAAAUGAUAACGUCAAAUCUGAUGGUCAAUUGCUAAGCUUUAGAUAAUUUGCCAAAUUGCAAGGAUUUAAUUUACCUUCUUUUUUGAAAAUGUGA